AUGGCGGAUCAACCUUCCCUAAUCCGCCAAACGGUCCGCCUCGCAUUGGACAUAGCCAACGGCCGCCAUGCUCUGUCCAAGCUCAUCCCGCCGCUGCUCUUCGUGGCCGAUGCGCUGCUCUGCAGCCUCGUCAUCUGGAAGGUCCCGUACACCGAAAUCGACUGGGUCGCCUACAUGGAACAGGUCUCCCAAAUCGUCUCGGGCGAGCGGGACUACACCCGGAUCCGCGGCGGCACCGGCCCGCUGGUCUAUCCGGCCGCGCACGUCUACAUCUAUACGGGGCUCUACUACCUGACAGACGAGGGCAAGGACAUCUUGCUCGCGCAGCAGAUCUUUGGCGUGCUGUACAUGCUGACGCUGGGCGUCGUCAUGGCUUGCUAUGUGCAGGCGAAGGCACCAAGGCUAACAAUCAGAUGGGGGAGGGGUAAUCAACAGGUCCCGCCGUACGUCUUGCCGCUCCUGGUUCUCUCGAAGCGGCUGCACAGCAUCUUCGUCCUGCGGUGCUUCAACGACUGCUUCGCGACCCUGUUCCUCUGGCUCGCCGUCUUCCUCCUACAGCGCCGCGCCUGGCGGGUCGGCGCGCUGGCGUACACGCUGGGCCUGGCGGUCAAGAUGACGCUGCUGCUUGUGCUGCCGGCCGUCGGCGUCGUCCUGCUGCUGGGCAGCGGCUUCGCCACCAGCCUGUGGCUCGCGGCCGUGAUGGCGCUGGUCCAGGUCCUGCUCGCCCUGCCGUUCCUCGCGCGCAACCCCUGGGGCUACCUCGGCCGCGCGUUCGAGCUGUCGAGGCAGUUCUUCUUCAAGUGGACGGUGAAUUGGCGGUUUGUGGGCGAGGACGUCUUCCUCAGCCGGCGGUUCGCGGUUGGCUUGUUGGGCCUGCAUGUGGCCGUUCUCGCCCUGUUUGUCACCACUCGGUGGCUGCGGCCGGCGCGGAAGCCGCUGUCGCAGCUGGUCAUCCCGAUUCUCUUUGCACAGUCGCCAUUCACGACGCAGGAACAGCGCAGCAUCUCUCGGGACGUCACGCCGCGGUUUGUUAUGACGGCUAUGCUCUCUGCCAACACCAUCGGUCUUCUCUUCGCUCGCUCGCUGCACUACCAGUUCUACUCAUAUCUGGCCUGGUCGACCCCGUUCCUCCUCUGGCGCAGCGGCGUCCACCCGGUUCUUCAGUAUGCGCUGUGGGCGGUCCAGGAGUGGGCGUGGAACGUGUAUCCCAGUACGCCAGCGAGCUCCGGUGCUGUCGUUGGCGUUCUUGCCCUCACGGUGGCCCUGGUUUGGUGGGGCGCUCGAGAAGACUGGGAGCCGAAAAGGGAUCCGUCGAAGGUUGAGGCCGCAAAGCGGUAA